AUGUCUGAUUUGGCAGCUUCCACCGAGAAAACACGCGCACUCGCCAACAAGUUUGUAGAAUAUGUCACUACAACACAAUUCGAGGAGGCAUAUCGUCUUCUCAACCAGGAUGGACAGUUCAUCUUAACAGGGCAGACUCCAGCCUCGGGAGUUUACAAAGGAUUGGAUGACAUCUUCGCUCGCCUGGCACCUGCUCUUUCAGGCUACACAGAGCGCCCGACCAUCCGUGUUUCGGACGUGCUCGUCGAUGGUACUCAGGCAUUUGUGAGGGCCAGUGGAGAGGGCAAAGCAACUUAUGGGGAGUACAAACAGCCAUAUUAUGGAUAUUAUCUACGCCGUGACGGGGAGGGAUUGAGUGAAAUCAUCGAGUUCUUUGAUCCUUUGCAGAUCGAGAUUGCCUUUUUCAAUAAGAAGCUGGUGGAUGCUUAA